UGGUAGUUGUAUUGAUUAAUCUGAUUUAUUGUGUCAGCGCACAAAGCCUUGUCUGCCUCAUCUACAGCGCCCGCCCACUGGGCUUUCUGCGGAGCGAUAGUGGGGGACUGAUUACAGUCUCCGGGAUUUGCCGUGGAGAAAGCCGGAGCCUGCCUGGACUGCGAUUUGCUCUCCCAUCAGUGAAGGGGAGGGAAAUUAGCAAGGACUUAUUCCAGUCUGACUCCAUAGCGCCAGGACUUUCAGAUCCCCUGUGUACAUUUAGUCUCCCGUCUUAAAUCAGGUGGCCUGUCCGGAUACGCGCAAGUCGCGCUGGACUUUUGUCUUUCACCGAGGAGGGUGAAUCGCCUCCGCAGUCUCGGAUGCGUAAACGGGGAGUGGGUUGGGUCGCCUAGGCGCCUGGCAGAGCCUACGCACACGUCGUCAGCGAUAAGAGCAGAUAGGUGAGGGUGAAAGCGAGGGGAAGCACCACCCGAGGUUUUCUUAAGCAGGAGGACGCCGGAGAGAACCAGCGGAUAACCACAACAAACCCGACAACCCCAAGACAUCGCCUCCUCAUCUUAGGGGAAUAUUGGAAGUGAAUCUGCGGGGCAACACACAAUGGCAGCCGGUGCGCUCCUUUUAGCUUGUGCGCUGCUUGCCGGUGUUGCCGUGGCUCAGAGAGUGGUGACGGUGCAGAGUGGACCGCUGGUACGGACCGAGGGCUCCCACGUGACCAUCUGGUGCAACGUGACAGGCUACAAAGAGGGCUUGGAGCAGGACUUUGAGUGGUCCAUGUACCUGCCAUCAGCACCGGACCGGGAGAUCCGCAUUGUGAGCACGGCUCAGCCAAACUAUGCCUACGCCGUGUACGCCCAGAGGGUGAAUAGUAAAGAAAUCUUUGUGGAGAGGUUGAGCCGAGACUCAGCUGUGCUCCACAUCACCAAAGUGCAGGCCAAGGACCAGGGUCUGUUUGAGUGUUACACACCCAACACAGACGGACGAUACCUUGGGUCCUACAGUGCACGUACCAACCUCACUGUCAUCGCUGACUCGUUGACAGUAGCAGCUCCAGCCCAGACUCUGUCCAAGGUGGAAGGCGACACACUACAGCUUACCUGCGAGGUGUCUCGGACCACAUUGCAGCACACUCACUUGUCAGUUGGUUGGUACCUUCGAUCUCCGGAGGAUGCGGCUGCCCCACCCCAGGAGCUGGUCACCUUGUCGAGGGACUUUGUUCUCCGCUCUGGGGGACCGUACCGGCAGCGGAUCACAGCGGGGGACCUCAGGCUGGAUAAAACCAGCGCUACGGCCUACAGGCUGACCAUUCACAAGCUGCAGCCGGUGGACCAGGGCCUGCUCUACUGCCAGGCCGCUGAGUGGAUUCAGGACCCGGACGGCAGCUGGUUCGCCAUGACCCGCAAGCAGAGCGACAAGGCUCAGCUCCGCAUUCAGCCCACUGAUCGGGACUUCAGCAUCCAGGUGAGCACGGAGCGACGGUCCUUCACGGCCGGUGAGCCGCUGGAGCUUCGCUGCACCAUUGAGGCCCAGAAUGUCCCCGAGCGCUUCUUCUCGGUGUCGUGGGUCUUCAGCAGCUCACCGGUGGCCGUGGUGGGCCCCAGUGCCGUGCCUGUCCUGGGCCCCGAUUAUGUCGCCCGCGAGGCGGCUGGUCACAUGACCGUACGCAAAGAGAGCACCAACGUGCACCUGCUCAAGCUGCAGCACCUACGCCUUGAAGAUGCCGGGAAGUACAUCUGUCGCGUGACCGAGCGGGAGAAGACACCCACGGGAGACUUCAUCGACCGCAGCAAGAGGUCUCGCAAUGUCCAGAUCACAGUCCAGCCGCUCAAGAGCAACAUCACCGUGUCGUUGUCCAGUAACUCCUCAGAGGUCCUAGAGGGCGACGUGAUCCAGUUGAUCUGCUCAGUCCAGUCGACCACAGGCCCCCUGUCCGUUGUCUGGCAGUGGACAGACAAGCAGGCGACUGGACCGGCCCAGGAGGUGGCGUCUGUGGACCGAGACGGCACGAUUUGGCACAGCCCCACCUACAGGGAGCGCUCCAGUUAUGGGGAGAUACGUGUGGAGAAGGUUCGAGAAGACACAUUCUCUCUGUCCCUGUACAAUUCCUUACCGGGGGACGAGGGCCAGUACCGCUGCACAGUCACUGAUUGGUCUCAGACAGACCCAGAGCUAAACUGGGAGAAGAUGGGAGAGAAGUCAGCCACCAAGACAGUCACUGUCAAGACUGUUGAGUCCUCCUUCAUGGUGUCGGCCUCAUCACGGACACCAUCUGUGACCUUCGGAGACUCUUUUGACCUCCUGUGCCUGGUCAAGCCCCGUCACAACCCUCGCGUCCCCACGUCGGUCACCUGGCGCUUCAUGCCGGCUGGCACAGAAACCGACGACGAGGAUCAGGGAGAGUUCAAAGACCUGGUGACUUUCACCCGCGAGGGCACGCUGCAGUGGGGGGAGCAGUUGCUCGGGCUGGGUACCCGCACCACGGUGGACCGCUCCCACUCCAACACCAACUUCCGGCUGUCAGUGACCCGGGCAGGGCGUCGCGAGGCGGGCAAGUACCAGUGCACCGCCAUCCUUUGGAGGAGAAACUACAACAACAGCUGGAGCAGAGUAGCCAACCGCACGUCCAACCUGCUUGGCAUCAGUGUCCUACAGCCAGAGAGUAAGCUGCGAGUGCAAAAGACCAACCAGUCGCAGGUGUACCCGGAGGACAGUCGUGUCAGGAUCAAUUGCUCCAUCACCUCCCAGACCAGCCAGGACUCCCAGCAUGCUGUGCUGUGGUACGUGAGGCGCGCGUCAGGGUCAGAAGCUGAUGAGCUCCUCCUGAGAAUUGAACGCUCGGGGGCCUUCGAGUACGGCGCCUACGCAGAUGAAGAGAGACUGCGACGUCGUGUGCAGGCUGAGAGGCUGUCGCCCCGUUCCUAUGUGCUGACGCUGAACAGGGCAGAGAGCAGCGAUUCUGGGACGUACUACUGCCUGGUGGAGGAGUGGCUGAGCGACCCAGAUGGAGCCUGGUAUCGACUCUCCCGGGAGUCCUCAGGGUUCACGGAGGUUCUGGUCAGACAGCCAGAGGUUCGACUGCAGGUUGAGGAGAUGGAGUCAAAUGUGACAGUGGCAGAGUCCGGUUCAAUCCGGCUGGGCUGUAGCAUUCCUUCCCAGUCGUCCCGAGACUCCCGCUUCUCUGUGUCCUGGUAUGUGGAGCACUACGAAGAUGAGGACAGCGAGGACCAGCCAGGCGAGGAAGAAAGGGAGCGGGAGUGUGUGUUCUCCAUCGGCCACGAUGCCGUUUUUGGAAAUGGAAACUGCAGCCCCAGAGAGGAGGCGGGGCCUACUUCCCGCCUGCAGUUUGAGAGGAUGGCCUCUGACCAGUACAGCCUGACCAUCCAAGGAGCCCGGCCAACAGACGCAGGCCGAUACUACUGCCAUGUAGAGGAGUGGCUACUCAACCCCCGCAACGCAUGGUACCGCCUGGCUACCAACAACUCUGGGUUCACUAUCGUCAAUGUGCUGCAGCAAGUGUCCACCCUCCAGUCAGUGGUCUGCUCCAACGACUCCCUCUUCUACUUUGUCUUCUUUUACCCUUUCCCCAUCUUCGGCAUCCUCCUCAUCGCCGUGCUGCUGGUGCGCUACAAGAGCCGCAACAACAGCAAGAGCCAAGAAGGCAAGAACGGCGCCCCCCUCCUGUGGAUUAAAGAACCUCACCUCAGUUACUCUCCCACCUGUUUGGACCCCCCUGCACUCAGCCUGCACCCUGGCUCUGUUGACUAAGCGAGGGUCCUCCCCUCCUGUCUCGCACACAUUGCGGAUCUAACCGACACGAUGCCAGGGAGCAGAUCUGGACUACACCUUCAGACCUUACUGUCGUUCACUGCUGUGUUGAAUUAGUCAAUCAGUUGAUCAGUUUAAAAAUUCCCACCCUGGUGGCUGCCUGUUUUAUGUUAACAACUGUGUGUGUGUGUCUGGGUGUGUGUUUGGGUGUGUGGACUAGAACGAGUGUGCCAUGUUAGCACAAUUAAUUGUGUGAGUGCAAAUUGAAGGGCAAGAGAGUAUCAUGAGCCUCUCUCAUUUAUUUUUAUUUUUUUUGGUCUCUGUGAAACUUCUCAUAGCUGCAUUUUGAUUUUUAUUACACUGAAUAUUUGUCUAUUUUUCAAAAGAGAAAAAAAAACUGCGCACAUGAGAUCAUUGGCCAAUCCGUGAGGAACGUUUAAGAGAAGGGACUCUAUAAUCAACUCCGGCACUGAGCGGAUGCCAAAAAAAAGUCUCCGCACUGAUCCAAGAGCAGCCACAGCCUGGCCCACUAUGUUGGUUGCCAUAGUGAUGCUCUGUGCCCACUGACUCCGUAGCUGAUGACUUGGUUUCCAGCCUGCAUAGAGACAAAGGCAAGGACACACAAGUCUGUGUCCUAAGUGAGGAUGUGUGUAUGUGUGUUGGCCCACCUGCCUCCACAAUGAAUUUGCCUUGGCAGACAGAAACAGGUCCUGGUGCGCCGCUUAAACACUGCCAGACACUCUGGCCUUAGUGAGAGACUGCUCCGCUCUCUCUUCUAUCCUCCUCCUCUCCGAAAGAGACAGCGAGAGAAAGAGAGGGAGGGAGGUCGGAAAUGACGGAGAAUAAAUGAACAGCUCUCUCUCCUGCUGAGGAUAUACGUCCUUUAAGACAGGGGAUUUUUUUUUUUCAGUGCCAAGUCCUCCUUAUUUCCACGCUGUCGUCUGCAGCCAAUAUUUGAAGUUUUAAAGAGAGUGGAGGGGAGAGCUGAUUGGUUCUGAGGCAGAUUGUAAAUAUGUCUGCUUACCUCCUGCUGUGGGUUUAUGGGCCUUGUGGGCAAAAGGUCAAAUUUUUACACUCAUGUUAAGUCAGUUGAAUUGCCCUUCUUAAACUGCACAGUGGGGGUCACUGACUGAAAUUAAAUUCUUGCACAUUUCUUUAAGUUGCCCAGUAUGACCACUCUGUCAUCCUGUCUUUAAAAGAUAUCAGAAGCUCAAAAGAUGCAUAUUAGUUCAAAAAAAAGACUUGAUUUGUUAAGAGCCACACUGAAUAUUACUAAUGUGUAGAUGUGUAGUAAAACACUCUAAAAAUGUAAUCUGCACAUUAUUAGGAAGCAAAUUGAUGGAUGGGGGCAAAUGUUUGACUUUUGUGUUUAUUUUAAAGAUUUUUCUAUUUAUUGUUUUAUACUACUUUGCAUAGCUUUGUAAAAUUUUCUUUUUGCUUUGAAAUUCUCUAAAAACUGUGCUGCUUGUGUUGCCAGGCAACUGCACCAAGCAGAUUAUGUCAAUAGCCUGUGUGUUGGCAAUGUGGUAGAUGUAGAAAUGCUAGAUUUGUCCUGCGCAUUGCAGUGUGUAGCAUUUCAUACCAGAUUGUCAAGUUUGGUCAGUGUCAAUACACUGUAUAUCUAUAUCUAUAAUGGAAUUUACUGUGGCUUUACAUGUACAGUAGUUGAACAGACAAGUCACACAAAUGGAUUCACUUAAUGCUUUUUUGCUUGAGUCGCGUUUAUUUAGUGAAAUGUGAUGUAACACCUAGAUAGGAUGUUUGAUCAAAGACAGCCGAAACCGAACUGUUAAAACGUCUUCUAAUCAUGGAUUCUAGCUGAAGGCGCAUCUCCUCAGCUCCCCUGACGCAAGGCAGAAGGGUUGAAAAUCUGUGUCACCUUCCCUGGAAUGCAACAGCCAGGAGAGGUGAGAAAUCCUCCACCCCACCUGGGCCUAACCCUUUCACUGCCAGACUGGACUUGAAAACUCUUGAAAAACUUGACAUUGUUGUCUCAAUUGUGUCAACAUGUAUAUUGCAUGACAAUACUGAAGGAGAAAUUUUGAUGUUUUGUAAACUUUGAACUCUUUGAGCAUCGUGUUUGUGUGACAGAGCAGUGCCCAAACCCCCCCUCCCUCUCCCCAACUUCCUGAGCCAAGAGUCAACACAAAGCCCAGCCCCUCGUCAUUUACAAUAUUUGACUGCCGAUUAUGCCCUUUGAACCUGUGAAGUAAUCUAUUUCAAGAAUGGGUGUUGUGGAGAUUGUGUUUGAUAUUAUUGCUCAUAUUUGUCCUUUUAAGGCUUUGCUUUUAUGCAGCACUUCAUUAAAGCCAAAAGCUACGUAGCUGAUACUGACACAAGCCACCAACUUCUAAGAUUUCAACUUCCUUCACUGUUUUUUCUAGUUAACCAGACCAUUUCAAGUAGACCACACUAUUUCAGGUUGAGAAGAGCUGGUGCUAUUAAGUCAAGGGAGUCAGAAAUGUGAUGCAUGUGCAGCAAAUUCAGCUACAACUCAAUUGAUAGAUAUCUUCAAAGAAAAGGCCAAUUAAUUAGCUGCCUGUCUGCUCAUUAUUAACCAUAUGUUUACAAUUAUUUUCAUAUGAGAGAUAUUGAUGUGAAUUAGUAAUCCUUAGCAAAGAAUUUGGGUGAUGUGCGCACUUGACCUCAGUUCGGCAUAAGGUGCCGGAGAAAAGCAACAUACUUUGAAAAAAGACAAGUAGUCCACACACUGAAUAUUGUAAGCUAGUAAAUGAUUAGACAACAUUUCAACAAUAAAAGUCUUACUCAUACCCAUGUGAGAGGAAAAAAAAGAUGACAAGUCCAAGUAUAAUUAGGAGAACACCUGUUACAGAACCCUACAACAAAAACAUUGUUCACUAUAUUCAUUCAUAAACUAGCUAAUAGACCAUCCAGGGUGUGUGUAUAGAUAUAUGUGUGUGUGUGUAUAUAAUAAUAUAUAAUACACAUUUCUGAAAAAUGCAGUCAUAGAAAAUAUGUACAAUGUUGUGAUUGUGCAUGAGGAAGAUACAUCUACAAAUAUCUAAUUGUCCUCCUAAUACUGUGUGUGUGUGUGUGUGUGUGUGUGUGUGUGUGUGUGUGUGUGUGUGUGUGUGUGUGUGUGUGUCUACUAUGUCCAGUUUUUCUCUCACAUGGUGUUUGCCUAACAAAGACCUUGGUGGUCAAAAUGUUGCCUCAUUAAGUUGCAAUAAUCAACGUGUGAACUACCUCUCUCAUGAUAAAAAAAACCUUUAACCCUCUGUUGCUAUUUGAUGCAGUUCUAGUGCAAGUCAAAGGUAUACAUCAAAACAGCAGGAAAGCCAUUCUGUGCAUUUCCAGGUCCCAGUAUCACCAGGAAUAAUUAAUGGAGCUGUUGGAAAGGUGUGAUUUGAAAGUAAUGGUUGCAUAUCGUAUUGACUUGCAUUUGCUCUGGUAGUAAAUGCUAAUAUGAAGCUGAUUUCAGUUUUUUAUAAGCGAAAGGAGGUUGUUUGUUGGUUGAAAAAUUGAUCUUUUUUAUAAAUCUUGAACAUUCCUAUGGUGCCACUGAACAGCUGCUCGAGCUUCACUGAGUAAAAUCACAUAAUCCUAGACUUAGUUUGUUCAAAAUUCAACCCAUCACAUCUUUCUAGACUUGAGCCAGGAAGUGCAGGGCAUGGCUGUGGUGUGUGAAGUCACAGUGCUGCCGCCGCCAUCAUUGGAGCUGUACACAAACUUUUUUUGUAGUAGUAGUAGUAGUAAUAAUAUGAAUACCAUCCAGUGCGGCCUCCCAAGAUUCCUCCAGACGUUCUGACAGUGUUGUAGCUGCGUUUUGAGGGCUGCAUGUUUUGGCUGUGUGCUGGCUCCAGAUUUAGGUGUAAAAUAGUUUGUGGUGAUGUUUUCAGUUCAGCCAGUGAUGCUUUAUUUUCAGUGAUGUAUUUUUAUAUGACCAUGGUUUGUUUUGUUUUGUUUUUUUUUUGUUUUUUUUUGUUCUAUCUAAUAGUUGCCAUCGUGACCAUUAAAAAGGCACUUUGCUAUUGUCAGUUUAUUGCAAUAAAAUACA